UUGCACGACAAAGGAGAUCUUGUAACGUUACAAUCUCGUGGAAAAUAUUGGAGCAAUCUUUAUGAUCGUAAAACGCGACAGAUUCCCGCUGAAAACAUGGCUACGGAGAGUGAAGAGGCACUAUCGGGGACACCUUGGUAUGCAAAGUUCUUCGAAUAUUGGAAGAACAGGAACCGAGUUGAUCCAGGUAGAGUGGAACUUCCCGACUGCGACUUCUUCAUCGUCGGGCCGCGGCGAACCUUGAGGAUCCUGAAACCAAGUUUGAAGAGCUGCUGGUAUUACAAGAACGCGAACGAAAGACACGAAUCCAUCGCCGACAAUUUCUUCACUCGCUGGUCCAGGAGACCACAUUCGUCCGGCAACUGCAGAUGCUCUUUUCGACAAUCGAAGCGGGCAAGCACUGCCGAAGAACAGAUCAUCUCCGACGAGUUAAACAGAAUCCGGACGAGCCUGUGCGAGGCGGAGAAGAACGAACGGGCGAUCGAGGAACUCGAGCACAGGGUGUCGGCAAAUUUACAAAAACUGCAGGCUUCCGGUGGUGAAGAUGAAUCGGCCAGCGUUGAAGAACAGGGUAUCCCUGGAACGAACCAAGCUACUACGGGCGAUCAACAAGUGGACGAGCAAACGAUGAAAAACAGAAUCGUGAAGGAUCUGGAGAAGUACAUUAACGUGCUGCUGGAAGAGAUAUUGGAUGACACGGUGAGGUACGUGGCGGCUGCGGACGACGCUCUUAUCAAGGAUGCGAGAAGCUCUAAAAAGAGAAACGAUCGUUCGUCGUCGCGGCGAUCGAGUCGCGAUAAAGGGGAGUCGGACGAGAGGAAGCCAACGAGCGAGGAGUCUCGCGGUACCGAGGAAUCGUUCGACGACAUCAGCUUCUCGUUUCAUUCGGCGAGAAUCGGGAGGAACGAGAGGGGAUCGGAGCGGCGAGGUAACGGCGACGAGGAGGCGUUGUUGAACGGCGGCAGCGAGGGUUACGUGAACCGCGGUUUCAUCGGCACGGCCAACGAUCCCGACUCGUUGGACUUCUACCUGAGACGAUCGAUCGGCACGGAAGUCACACUGGAGCAGUUGGAUUGCGUCGAUUCCGGGAUAAACAGCGUGGAGACGAUCGAAUUCCAGCCGGAUCAGGAGCCGAGCCUCGAGCAAUCCCUGUUGAAGAUCAUCGACGAGAAGCUCGGUAGAACAGCCCUGAGGAACAGUUGGGAGGACUUGAGCGCAGGUGGCCGGGAGAACGAUGCUCACGGCCAGCCGACAAAGGGAACGGACGAGGAGACGGUGAUUCCGAGAAGUGGCGAGCAACCGAGCAACGAUCGAGGCACCGAGAGAUCGGAGGUCACCGGGAAGAAUGACGCGGAAAGGAGCGAGCCGCAGGAUUCGAGCGUUCAAACCGCUCGGGCAAUCGAUAUCUCGGCGGAUAAUCUCGAGCGUGGCGUGCCCGCGGUGGAUCUGAAGGAGUUGGAGGAAACUGUUAACGAGCCCAGUUUCGAGAAACUGCGGCUGGAAUUCAAGGACAACGGCAACGAGCCGUCCUUCGGGACCAAAAAGGACAACAACGCGAUCGCCAAGCUGCGAGGAAAGUUCGCCGCGACACCGGCCGAUCACGAGGCUGAUCGCUGCUCCUUGGAAAAGAGCAGCUGGAACGAGAAAAUGGGCAGGUUCGAGCUGAGGAAGGAGGCAGCCGCGUCCAUCGAACUCGAGGACUACAGGAAGACCUGGCCGAACAUCGACGAAAAUGUCGAAGAGAAUCCGCAAGAUUUGGUCACGUUUAGGAAAAAUCGGAAGCCCAUGAUCGUAUUCCUUCAUGGUUUCGGAUCGUCGGCGGAGAUUUUCGAGCACCAGCUUCGAUAUUUCUCUGCCCUGGGCUAUCCCUGUAUAGCGCCGGAUAUGCUCGGACACGGAAUGAGCUCGGCACCUGGACGAUCCAGGGAUUACCAUUUUAACAAACUGCUGAAGGAUUUGGACACGAUACUGUGUCAUUAUGCUUUCAAGCCUGGCCAGAAGUGCGUCCUCGUAGCGCAUAAUUACGGUUUUGCAGCUGCCUUAGCUUGCAAAUAUGACAGCAGUAUACACCAGCUAGUCCUGAUAUCCGGAGGUGGUCCAACACCUUUAGCAGCACCUAGCACCGAAAGCGCUGGCCACUGUUGCCUCAGAGCGAUCCUGGCACCUUUUUUAAUGUGCGGCCUUCACAGAGACAUCUUAUAUUCAGCGAGGGGCCGUCAACACCCUUACUGCGGCCCCGAGCCGCCAGAACAAUGGCCUUCGCACAUGAAAUACGUUUUGGACGGCAUGGUCUGGCCGGAAGGAGAUUACGUGUUCCAUAGAAGGAUAUGUACACCGACGCUUCUCAUACAUGGCCUAAGGGACAACAAAGUGUCGCUCGUGCAGGAAUGCCAAAUGGAAAGGACCAUGAUGAAAGCUUUUCUUGAAGCGAUCCCAACUGCUGGUCAUACCCCUAUGACUGAUUGCCCAAAGCAAGUUAAUCACAUGAUACAUUGUUUCAUAGACUUGUGGAAAAACAAGAAAUGG